AAAGUACCGAUAAAAAAUUAAGGUAAAUAUCCACCGGCAAAUAGUACCAAAAGAAUGUAAUUUUUUUUGUCAAUUAAACUUCAACAAAUGUGCCUGAUUAUAAUUUAAUUAUUAAUAAAUAAUAAUAGAUUGUAUUUUUUAAUUAAAAAAGAGAUUCUCAACAAGUUUGUUGUUUAACAAAUCAAAGCAUAUUUAAGCAUAAAAUUGAUUGCUAACACUGUCCACAACUGUCAGUCAAAAGUCACUAUUUAAAAGCUAAUUAAAGCAACAUUGAAAAAUGGUUAACGUUGAAUUAAAUCAACAAAAUUAUUUAAAAAAGUAUUCAAGUUCUGGUGAUGAUUCGAAAAAGAAGAAGAAGGCGAAAAUUGGGAAUAUAACAGUUAAAAUUAUUGAUGAUGACAUUGAUAUAAAUUCAAUACGACCAGUAAUUCACCAUCUAAACAAACGUGGACCAGAUUCAGAUCUUAGUCCACCUCGAAGAAAACAUCCACGACGUCGAGAAGCUGAAUUAUAUAACAAGCUAAGUAAAAAUAUAACUGGAGCUAGUCAAGUACCAGUUUUUCGUGAUAAAAAAACUGGAAGAAGACGUGAUUUUGCUGCUGAAGCAUUGGAAAAAAGAGAAAAAGAAAAACGUCAAGCAGAAAUUGAUGAAAAAUACGCCAAAUGGGGCAAAGGAUUGAAACAAGUAGAGGAUCAUACAGAAAAAUUAAAUCAAGAUGCUUAUGAAAUGAAUAAGCCAAUGGCAAGAUAUGCUGAUGAUGCUGAUCUUGAUGCUCAUCAACGUAGAAUGUUACAUGCUGAGGAUCCAAUGUUGGAGUACGUCAAGGAAAAACAAAUCAAGGAAGGCAAAAGACAACCAGAUAAACCAACAUUUCAAGGUUCAUACAUGCCAAAUCGUUUUGGCAUUAGACCUGGUUGUCGAUGGGACGGUGUUGACAGAAGUAAUAGCUAUGAAAAACGUUGGUUUGAUGCUAGAAAUUCACGUACUGCUGUUGAAGAAGAGGCAUACAAGUGGAGUAUUGCUGAUAUGUAAAAAUUACCACAACAAAAUUAAUAUAUUUUAAAAAAUGUACUCUUUGUUGUCUGUAAAAAGAAAAUAAAUAAAAAAAAAUAAAAUAGGUAAACAACAACAAAUAAUAAUAAAAUAUAAUAAUAAUUCUAGUGGUUGAGAUAACGAUAAGAAAAGUCGCUAAUCAUGCAACACGAGCAAGGAAAGUGUGCAGCCAGCAGAAGACGAAGCAAAGGAGGACAUGAAAAAUAGUGCUAAGAUACCAUGCUUGGCUGUACUAAUUCUUUGCAAAAUCUGUGGAAGCUGUUAACAACACAUUUGCACAAGCUUGACACACAAAAAAAAAUUUUAACAAAUAUUUUCAUCAGAAGCAUAUGUUGUAUCUUGGCAUCUAGCUGGGUAUUUAAAUAACAUCUUUUUAACAACAUAAAAAAUAUAUUAAA